AUGCUCAACCGUAAAGGAAACACCAAGCACAGUCUUAAUGUGCGAGAUGAAGAGCUCACAGUCGCUGCAGAUGGCCCGGCUGACUCGUAUGCUUGCCCGCACCAUCGGGAUCCUGGGGGACAGAGUCGCGAGAUGCUGCAGUUUGAGAUCCUGCUGCAUCCACUCCCCUGGCUGGCCACGAGCUUCUUCUCGGCAUGCGAUGCAUUAAAUGAGCCCGGCCGCCUCGUCUCAUCCCUGUGGUCCUCGGGCAGGGUGUAUCCGAUCAGUUGGCACAACUCGAGGACGUGGUCUCGCCAGAAGCGGUUGUCGAGGACAUGCUCGACGGCAAAGUCAGUGCGCCAACCGCUGGCGGUACACACGACCGGGAAUAGCCUGCCACGGUCAAGGCGCGCCCCCGCCUUGGCCCUGUCUGGGACAUCGUAUGCGAUGAUCUGCUCGUAUUUAGAAACUGAUCUGGGUGUCCCAGCCGGUGGUCGUCGUGAAAAAGUGACCACGCUUGGGCUCAUUCGACGAGGUCGUCCAACCAGAAUGUCGAAGACCCGCAAACCGGGACGGCCCGCCCUUUCCGGGGAUAACAAACCCACGAAAACCGAUGGAGCCACGGAUCAACGCGAUAGGGUUUGUCGUAGCACUAGGCGAACGAGUGCUGGCGCGCCAAAACCUGCUGCCCACGUUUCCGGCCCCUUGAGCGCGAGCGGAGCCGAGGGGAUGCAGCUCAGAAGGCCGGGAACGGCAACCAAGGAGCUGGAAAUGGAGCUGGAAUGGAGCUGGAAAUGGCACACUGCGCCAAGAUUACGGAGUACAUGUCAAGGCGCAUCAAUCAAAUCCGAGAAAGGCACCCCGCGGGGGGCCGCCCGCAUCCCUGAAGUCCCCAAGAUGGCGUCGAACGCGAACAUUGAAGACACUCAUGACGCGCUGAACUCGCCGCAACCGCGACGCCGACCACUGCGCUCCCCUAAACCGUCCGCCAAAGUCCGCGAAACGUUGAUUCCCCUCGAAAACAAGGCAAAACCGACCAAGAAUACGUCCAGUGCGGCCACGCGAUCCGAUGGUGCACCCGCCCUGGAUGGAAGGUCCAGCGUUGCGCAGAGGCUGCUGGCUGAGGCCAGCAACACGCGUCAAAACAUCGAGGAGCUGAAAAUCGUCAUCCAACAGCAAACCGACAUGCUAGCCAAACUCAGCACCGAACUAGUUUCUGUCAAAACAGAACUGGCCACAGUGAAAGCAGAACUCAGUAACGUCAAGAAUUGCGUGGCCGAGGAGCAGAAGCAGGUUGCCGAGGAGUUGAAGCAAGUCUACGUGCAAUUGGACGAUAUCUCGAACAACCUGAUUCUCGCUACAACGACCAUCUCGACGAGCCCAAACCUGUCGUACGCAAAUGUCGCCAGAACCCCACCGGAUAGUUCCCCUGCGAACCUAAACUCAAUAUCGUCUAUGGAAACCACUCCGUCAAGUACGACCGAUUCGCUGUUCUGCAUGAUCGACACUUCCAGAGUAGAGAGCGGAGAAGGCGAUAAGACUUCGGUGGGGGCAAUUAGGACAAUCGUUGAGAGAGAAAUCCGGGGAAGGGGAGACUGCGUCAAUUGGCGAUGUCGCGCAGUGACAAAAGAUCCAAAGAACCCGAGCCGGGUUAGGAUUGCCUGUAGGGACGAGGCCGAACUCAAAAUUGUCAAGGAGGUUGCAGAGAAAAAGAUGGCAACAGGCACCCGAGUGCUACGGGACGAGCUUUACCCGAUCAAGGUCGACAAUGUCAACCGCUCGGUGGUUCUGGACGACGAAGGCAACAUCCGAACUGGAGCUGCGGAGGCAUUCAGUCAAGAAAACGAAACCACAGUGGCGAAGAUUGCUUGGCUGAGCAGGAAAGAUACAGCGAAAGCGUACGGAUCGAUGGUGGUUUACGUCACCAAAGGGAGCGAUGCAAGGAGAUUGUUGAGUGAGGGUUUCUUCCACGCUGGGGGAGAAUCCGGAUACACACGGGUAUUUGAACGCCGGGUGCGUCCGGAGCAGUGUUACAACUGCCAGGAAAUCGGACACAAAGCCUUCAACUGCAAGAAAGCCCAGGUGUGCGCAAAAUGUGCCAAGCAAGGCCACCACCACAGCGGGUGCAAGGAAACGGUCAUGAAGUGCGUUCUCUGCCAGAGGACCCACACGAAUGCUUUCAGCCACAACUGCCCGAAGCUUUAUCCUACUAGCCAGAAGUAG